AUGAACUUCGCCGAGGCGUUUCGCGACGCCGUGGGCGAGAUUUCCUACACAGGCGACGAGCUCAUCAACGCGCUCCGGGCAGCGCGAGCGCUGCUGGCGUCGCUUCCGGACGACAUCCAUCUCGAGCAGAAGAAGAGGCUCGAUCGUCGGAACCGCCGUCUCUUGGGUGAGGUGAUCGACAUCUCCGUCUCAGAGAGCGAUUCGUCCGAGGAGGACAAGGACGACGACGACGAUGAGGCGUGUGCCGAGAGGAGUCGUCACACAGGCUCCGGCACGGGAACCGCAGGGGACGCCGGGGCCAUUGCUGCCGCGGAUGAGGUUGCCGCGUCGUCAUCGCGGUUUUCCACGCCCGCCGCCGCAUCUGAGAGGGUCGAUGGUGACGGAGCGGCUCAAUCAACAGCGGCCACGUCACCAGCGGAUCAAGCUUCCCAUCUCCCCGCCAGCCGCGGAAGCCUCCGUGAGGGCAGUGGGUUUGUGUCGCCUGCGUCGCUUCCAAGUGGCGAUUUGCUGCUGCGGUCCGAGGCUGCUUCGACAUGUGAUGCGUCAGGGGAGCCUGCCAAAACACAUGGGCGGCGGCUAUACCGGAGCACGGGCUCAGAGCAGCGACGCAGAGCGUCCUCCCAGCCAUGGGACGGGUGCGAUGCUUGCCACACCUCUUCAGCGUCGAGCACAGCAGCAUCGUCGCUGUCGAGCGAUGCGGAUCAUGAGAAGAGGGAGCGUGUGCGGCAGCUCGAGCUGUACGAUCAGGCCCCGAGCGAGUGGUUGCAACAGUUCAUCUGCAUAGGAGCGAAGCUGUUCGGGGAGCAGAUGGAGGACUACUUUCGUGCCGUGCACACCUUAAUCUACUACAUGGCGGUACGGCGAAAGCGGGUGGAGCAGCGUUGCCAGUACUUGCGCAACCGUGCUGCGCAAGAAGGCACAGGGGGCGUCGAUGCGGCGCUCUCUGACGCUGCUGCGCGGGCCUUCUCAUAUACUUCCCGCGGCAGCUGCGAGACGGCGGCAACAGGGGCACACGAGGACGGUGCCGCCGCCUCUGCCAGCGAAGGAGAGCUGAAACACGUGGGAAGCAGCAUCGAUGAUGACGAGGAGGGUGAUGGGGAGGAGUUAGAGGGCUUUUAUAUUUCGAGGGAGGUGAAGCGGAGCAUACGUGUGGGGCUGCCGGACAACGCCUUUCGCUUGCGUGACAGCAUCCAUAAUUUCUUCUUCUCGUGCUACGCGUCCAUCAUCAUCCAAGGCUCCGUGUCGGUAGCCCAGGUCAAGCAGGCCGCAGCCGAGGUUGUGCGCAUCUGCCGCUGUGUGCUGACAUGGCCACGCUAUCCGCUGAAUUUGAGGGCGCAGUGGGCGGACGACCGGGAGGAGCAGCUCCGGCAGUUUCUCAACAAGUGGCUGGGGGAAGCGAACGGGCAUCUGGUGACGCUCAUGAUGGUGCCUCCUGAGGCGCCGGCAACGGUGGGGCGUCGCGCAGGCGCUCCGGGCGAAGUGGAUGUUGAAAGCUCCACCACGGCACGGUCGUCGUCGUCGGCGGUGGAUGCGGAAAGCAUCAUGACUGACGAUGGCAACUCCCGGGAUGAAGGCAACGACGACAGCGAAGAUGAGGGCACCGAGGCCGCCGUCGGCCCUAACAGCGCCAACGUGCCGCCGCAGCAGGUGUUUCUGGGGCCACAAACUCGCGGUGAGGACGCCAUCACGAUGGCAUACGAGUUUGUGCGGAGCCCGGCGCCGUGCAGCACACCUCUUGCACGCUUGGUGGCGGACACAGUGCCAGGGAAGGGUGUGGGUGCGCUGCUUCCGUGCAUCGAGCAGCCGGAGCGCCGUACCUUCAACGACGGGUUCUGCCGCCUGGCACCCUCUCUGUCGCAGAAGGAGCUGGAGCUGAUCACGGAGCUGAUGCAGCUGCCCCUCACGGAGAUGCCGGCCGUGAAGCAAGAUGAGAAGGGCGAUCAUGACCCACGUGCGCUGCAUGCGGCAGAGAAGGUAAUCGUGAAGCACUGGGCAUCGCCGACCUAUGACCCGCGCGGGGGCGAACUGACGGUGCUUAUCAACCCCACAAACGCGUUUCGCCUGCAACUCAGCAACCCGAUCAUUUUCUCCCUCGGCGGCGUGCAGUGCGACAUGUGCUGCGUGACGGAGCGUCGUGUCAGCUUCCAAGCUGUGCUCGACAGCGGCGUGCGCAGCGAGGUGGUACUGGAGUACGAGGGCUGCAUCGGGUACGAUGUAUGCGUUGCAUGUAGCUACUAUUACUACAAGAGCAGCGAGAUGCGGCUGCUGCGCGCAGUGCACCCCAACCCGCAUCUGCGCGUUCCCUUUGCCUUUGGUCGCCUCUCCAAGGUGAGGGUGCACUCCGUGCGCGCGUUCGCCUGCGGGGAGAGUGAGGGUGACAUGACGGUGGAGGUGGUCAUGGGCGUUUCACCGUACGGCGUGAUGCCCGUCGGCUGGGUCCUUCCUGUGGAUCGGCUGGCCGAGCUGAGCGCUGCGUGCCCGAUGCUCUCCGAGGAGAUGGAGCUGACCGCCGACGUGCAUGCGAGUCUGCCUGUGCCUCCACAGGACUGGAAACAGCGCUGCUCCGUCACCAAUAUCAGCAGCCUCUUGACGGAGACGGAUGGGUGUGGCGACACUGCCGCCGCCGCGGAUGCCGCCGCGAUGGCAAGCCAGCAUGCGCUUGCGGCUGGCAUGGCGGAUGACCACCUGAUCGAUGAAGCGGACGUGUGCCCGAUUUGUCUCCAGCUGCUGCACAGUCCUCUGCCGGUGCUGCGCACCCUGUGCGGCCAUUGCUUCCAUGUUGAAUGCAUCGGCUCGCAUUACCACUACAAGCCUGCUGUCGUAGACGGCGAGGUGAACGAGAACAACGGCUGCCCCGUGUGCCGGCGCAGCGAGUACAUGCCACCCCUCACAGACGCCGAUGCAAUGAUGAGGACGAACGUGUACAAGCUCAUACUGCGGGUGCCGGCUGACGAGGUCACCAAGGGGCGCGGCGCAUGGGCGCGGGAGUGGGGCGGCGGGUGCGCCAUUACAGUGGGGACGAUUUUGACGAGCGAUGGUGCGUACCACAAUGCCACAAAUAUUGCGGCCUGUGAGGCCUUCUACGGCGUGAUGCCAGGCUUUGCCCUCACCCGGGAUGCCACGGCAGGGGAAAGGGUGAUGGCGGCAGCCUCCCCUGGCGUGCCUUGA